GAGACCGUCUCAUUAUUUCUGUUCUGCUGCCUCCUUUCUGUAUCUCUGGGAGAAAAAAAAAAGGAAUCAGUGAUUAGUGGAGAACAGAACAUUCAAAAAAAAUUGUUUUGAACAGAGGUUUAAACAGGUGGAUCUCUUGACAACAGUGAAAAUGGCUUCAUUAAAUGUAUCUGCAGAAGAGCUUUCUUGUCCCGUGUGCUGUGAAAUCUUCAAGGAUCCUGUUGUUUUAUCCUGUAGUCACAGUUUCUGUAAAGACUGUCUUCAACAGUUUUGGAAAACCAAGGAAACUCAAGAGUGUCCUCUCUGCAGGAGAAGAUCCUCGAGAGAUGAACAUCCAUGUAAUUUAGUGCUAAAAAACUUGUGUGAGUCAUUCACGGAGGAGAGAAAUGAGAGGAUUUCAUCAGGAUCUGAGGAGAUGUGUAGUUUACACGGAGAGAAACUCAAACUCUUCUGUCUGGAGGACAAACAGCCGGUGUGUUUAGUGUGCAGAGAUUCACAGAAAUACAUCAAUCACACAUUCAGGCCCAUUAAUGAAGUCGUUUCUUCUUACAAGGAGGAGCUCAAUACAGCACUGAAGACCUUACAGGAGAAACUGACACACAGAGAGAAGAUGAAAAAAGAGUGUGUGAAAACAGUUCAACACAUCAAGUCUCAAGCUGAGCACACAGAGCGUCAGAUUAAACUGCAGUUUGAGAAGCUUCAUCAGUUUCUCAGAGAUGAAGAAGACGCUACAAUCACUGCACUGAGGGAGGAAGAGGAGCAGAAGAAGCAGAUGAUGAAGGAGAAGCUGGAGGAGAUCAACAGACACAUCUCAGCUCUUUCACAGACAGUCAAAGACAUGGAGGAGAUGAUGAAAGACAAUGAUGUCUGCUUUCUAAAGGAGUUUCCAGUCUCAAUGGAAAGAGUCCAGAUCUCAUCAGAGCCGGAUCCACAGACACCUUCUGGAGCCUUGAUUCAUGUGCCACGAUAUUUGGGAAACCUGUCCUUCAGAGUCUGGAAGAAGAUGCAGGACAUCGUUCAAUACAGACCUGUGAUUCUGGAUCCUAACACUGCAAAUCCAGAUCUUAUCGUGUCUGAUGAUCUGACCUGUGCAAGACACAGCUGGAAGAAACAACCUCUUCCUGAUAACCCAGAGAGAUUUGACCAUUAUUCUUGUGUUCUGGGUUCAGAGGGGUUUAGCUCAGGAACACACUGCUGGGACGUGGAGAUUAAAAAAAGCAAAUGCUGGAAUCUUGGAGUAACUACAGCAUCAAACCAGAGGAAGGGACGUGAUUUCUUUAGCGCUGAUGUCUGGUGUGUGUGGUAUGGAUUAUUUGAACCAUCAGGUUUUCCUCUUGAACAGGAUCUUGAGCGUGUGAGAGUUGAUCUGGACUAUGAGAGAGGAACAGUGUCAUUCUCUGAUCCUGAAACUAACAUACAUCUACACACAUUCACAACCACCUUCACUGACACGGUCUUUCCAUUCUUCCGUUGUUAUAGGUUUUCCCCUCUGAGGAUCUUACCAUUAUAGUCAAUAGCUGAAGUUAAUAUCAAGUCACUUAAUUUCAUACACAGUAUUCUCAGAUAUUUUUAGAGCUGCUACAGUCAUGGAAAACCUGGAAACAUCAAGUCAUUUUUAAACUGUGAAAAACACAUGAAACCCAAAAAGUUAAAAAUAAUGCAUUUCUUUAAUAUUUAAUAUGUUCAUGUUCUUCCAGACAUGCAUGACUUGCUUUCUUCUGUGGAAAACUAGAUGAAAACGGUGUGCUGUAAUGCACGGAAGAAAAAUCCAAAACUAGGUUUUGGGGAAUUACCUUUAAAAUUCAAACUUUAACUAUUCGGUCAGUAUGACAUUAUUCUGACAUCUAGUUGACCACUAAAGUAAUAAUAUGGAGUUUACAUGAUUCUUGUGAAGUCUGAGAUUAUAAUUUUAUAAUAUAAUUUUAUAUUGUGAACUAAUCUAUUGCAAACAAGUCUUCUGUGCAAUAUAGACAGUAUGAAUCACUUUUGGAAUGGAUUACUUUUAAGAUGGAUGGAUGCUCUAUUUUUGGGGCUUCAAAAUUGUGAGCCCAUUCACUACCAUUAUAAAGCUUGAAAGAGCCAGGAUAUUUUUUUUAUAUAUAAAUCAGAUUAUGUUUGUAGGAAAGACAACUAUAGGGUGGUUUGAGGGUGAGUAAAUCAUGGAUAAAUG